GUAAGGUUAUCCUUAUCAAUGUACCGAAGUACUUUCAUUUUUUUGUUAUUCACUUCCCCUAUUUAUAUUCGGGUUGUACAUUUUAUUUCUUAGUGUAGAUUCUGUUCAAUUUCGUGUUAUUAUUAACAUUUAUGUUGCACCGUGGUGAUUUCUCUAUGGAUCCGUAGAAUAUGCUUGAGCCUUUUGGUCUCCUGAUCUGCAGUUAGUCGCGAUAUCCCCCACCGUGAUGAAACUAAAUGAGAAAAAUCUAAUAGCUUUUGCUGUUUCUCCUACUCCUGUUGACAAAGAAGGGUGGCUAAAUAAAAGAGGAGAGGUCAACAAAGGUUUCCAGCGCCGAUGGUUUGUUCUGAAAGGGAACUUACUGUUUUACUUUGAAAAGAAAGGCGAUAAGGAGCCUGUUGGAGUUAUCAUUCUGGAAGGCUGCACAAUUGAAUUAGCUGAAUUUGAGGACCACUUCAGUUUCAAAAUCGUUUUUCAUGGCCCAGGGAACCGGAGCUACAUACUCGCAGCUGACAGUCAUGAUGUCAUGGAGCAGUGGAUGAAAGCACUAGCGUGCGCUAGUCAUGACUACAUGAAGUUGAUGGUGGCUGAUUUGCAAAGACAGCUAGAGGAGCUGGAAGACAACGUACCUGUAACAACGAAUCCUUUCAUCAAUAUCAACAACCAUCAAGGAGGCUCCUCGCCUCAACCUCCACCACGAGUGAGGCACAAUCCGUUCAACAAACCUGCAUCUAGUCACAAUCUACGGUCAACUUCAACGAGUAACGCUAGUUCUUCUGUACCUCGAAGCAAAUUGACUUUUCGGGAACUACACAACAUGUAUGGUAGACCAAUCUUAAUUAAUCACAACGAAUGGAGACAUAGGCAUAAACUUAGUCUAGAAAGACAAAAUUCUACUGCUUUAAUUUCUCUCUGAGUGAUUUAAUCACCAAUCUAGAGAACACUCUUAUGCUGGUAAACCUGAACUCUCAUCUUUCUGAAGCGUCUCUACCAUGAUAAAAAUACUUUUUACACUCAUGGUUGACAAGUUUUUGGUCAAAAGAAUACUCUGAACAGGCUGGAAAUCGGAGGGGUGUAAUUGGGGUUUAUGUCAAAACUCAAACCCAUUCUGCUUUAUUUCUUAAGCAUUUGUCCAAAAUUGUACUAAAAAUAGUAAGAAUAAGAAAUCAAUAGCUACACUCAGAAACAAAGUAUCUGGGUUUUUAGUGCCCUCGGCUACCCAUCAUACUUUUUUUCCAAUUAGAAAAAAAUAAUUAAAUGGACAAUUGAAUGGAAAUUUUUUUUAUUUUUUUCUUUCUCUGUUCAAAGAGUGUUAUAUGAAAAAUUCAAACAGUAAAGUUGACUGUUUCUUUUUAAAAAAUUAAAUAGAGCGAGAAAUUUUAAAAUUAGAAGCAUGCUGUUUCCAUAUGUAGCCAUGAAUAUGCUGCGAAGCAUUCUGGCUUCAGGUUAUUUAACAUUUUCAUCAUGCAGCUAUUGAUGGAGUUAAGGAAAACUUCUUCCUAAAGUAUACUUACAAUUUUACGAUUUCCUGUUGAUUGUGUCUUUGAGAAUUUUUUCUACUGCAAAAUCUCUUUACUUUUGUCUCAACCAGUUUUAUCAAUGCCAAUUUUCUCCUCUUUUUGAAUCAGUCAGUCAUCUGAUACAUUACGGGUUUACUUUUGAGCCUAAAAAAUAAAUAAUGUAAGUAACGCCUCAUUACUUUCUUUAAAAUUGACUUUGUGCUAAUUUUCUUUGCAAGGGGUCGUUCUUAAAUUACAUAAUGUACUUCAUCUCAUAAGAAGUAUUGAGUAGCUUCCAUGUUACCCUAAGAGAAUCCCUUCCUUUCCAGUUUGUAUUAGUUUUUUGUUGGAAUUUGUUCAAAAAUAGUUUUUCUUUAAUUAAUUACAGUGCAUUCUCUCUUUAAUGAAUCUGUAAAUGGUGGAACAAUUUUGCGCUAAGUAGCAGCUUUGGGCCUCCUUCAAUAAGCGCGUCAAGUAAUUUAUGCUCAAGUAUUAUUGUUUCCAUUCAGGAAAUAGGACAAUACAAAAAGACGGAUGAUUUUGUGUGUAUAGUAUAGUAUUUUUAUUAGAUAUGUGAUAUCGAAAUUAUUUGUUGUAGCCGGGGACUUGAUUUGAUAUUCAUCUGGAAGCAAAUGAAGUUUAUCUUACUGGCUUAAGAAAAUGGGCGAUUAAUUUGAUGGAGGAAUCACUCCAUAAUUCGUCCUCUGCAAGUGGAAACUAACAUUUUUUUUACUGAAUUCCAAGUACUGCAUUGAUGAGUGCCCAAGGAUAAUUAAAUUAGGGCAGGAAUGCCUACAGCUACUAAUAAUUGUAGCUACGAAGGGGAAAAAAAUACGUUUUUAGCAUUGCUUGCCUGAAAGGUAUUUCAUAACCAUGAGGAUUCUGAAAGCACUUCCAUCCUCUGUUUUUUUCUUUUUUUCCUUUUUUGCUUUUUUGUUUAUCAGAGUAUCACUCAUUUCAGUCUGCUGUCUGUAAUAAUUUGCCUCCUCUAUAGUGAAUCUUGCUAGUGAAGUUUUCUCUACACUACACUCUCUUUCCAAGUGAAAGGCAUUUUUUGCUCAGAUAUCUCCUUUUAGUCAAAUAUCCCACAUAGAAUUUUUUUAAAAAAACAUAGGUAUGUUCAAUUACUGCAUUGGACUGUGUGUUGUUUUUAAAACUCUGUUUUUUGAUAGAUUUCCUCUGUUUUGCAACGUUCAACUUUCCCAUGCAAUCAUAACAAAAAUGAAAACCGUAACCGUAUUGUUCAGGUUUAAUUUGCAGGAUAUUGCUUUUUUUACGACUCCAGAGAUUUCAAGUUUUAUCUUUAGUUUGUGCAAGCAAAUAACUGGAAAA